CGGCUGGGUUUAUACUGCGCAUAGGGAUAUCAGGAGCAUUAUUCAUUCAAGUAGGGCUACAUAAAGUUAUUUACCGACUGUUAUUUCUUAUGUAGGCUAUAAAUAGAAAGUCUUGAAAAUGAAAUUUUCCAGUUGUAGUUUUUAUUAAUUAGUUUUUACACUAAACGUGUCGGUGCAAAGUAGGCCUACCCCGGUUAUAUUAGCUUUUUGGAUUGGCCAGUGUUAUGCGUUCAGAUAUAAUUUCAAAAGGAAGUUUUAUUCAUCAUCGUGUUUUACCAUGAAGAAAAGAAACGUUGUGGCGUUACAGUUACUCCACUCAUGACUGUUUCGAGGUCAGGGCUAAGCCUAAAAUCUUCUUUUCCCUUAUUAGCAAUGUUAUCCGCUCCCUUACCCACUGUGUUCAUGACCUAGCCUACCUAGAUAUUUGGAUGAAGCGAGUGACAUGGCGCAUUGUUCAAUAGUUCCGUAGCCUACGCAAAACAAAAUGCGCGUCAUUAUGCAAAGGUCGACAUACUUUGUGCAAAUGAGGUCUCUAAUUUAGUGAAAACACCGCAGUUCAAAAAAUUAAGUGGGCAUAAAUCGAUUGGGGUUGAGUCUAGCCUACUUAAAUGAUAAGAAACGACAGUUUAUCAAGCGCUUGUGAGCAGUGUAUGCUAUUAGCGUGUCACUUUCGACCUCGCGAUUAUCCUUGUUAAUUCUCCAACUGUGAAUGUUCAGACAGCUCAAUGGACAGACUCGGCUGUUUGAAAUUACAUCGUGUCAGCAACGUGUAGCCUGUGACUAUCUCCCCAAGAUAGCAACCGUGAAAUUGUCAGGCAAGGAAAUUACCGCCAACAGCUGUCGGGGGAAUGGAGGAAUAGUGAGCUUUAUAAAUCCAGUUAGCAAAGCUGUUGGGUGGCAGUGACUUUUCACAAAGUGUAUAGGCUAAUAGGCCUACGUUGUAAAAAAAAAGAAAAGAAAAAAAAAGUGGACGCUUGACCAAGUCGUAUCCAGGUGGCGCUUAGCUUACUGUUGUGUUGAAGCGCUUCAGAAUGAGCGAAGCUGGUGGGAGAGAGAUGUUUAAUGAGUUGAGGGUUAGUAGUCAAAUGCUUCGUUUAUAUUUUUGAGAGUCGAAUACAAUGUGGAUUGUCAGCGUUUUCCCUUUGCAUCGCUUCCUACCUUGCUUUAUAAUCAAAUCCUCUGGACUGAAGUGCAAUGCUGAGAACACGCUGAAGAACCUGUCUACCUGAACACGAGGACGACAGAACAACAGAAAAACAAACAUCUGCUAUUUAAAAUAUGUGAAGAUGACUGCUCGCAGGGUCCAGAGACAGGGGCUUCUUCUGUGGUGCUUCCUAACAUCUAGUCUCUGACACCAAAGAAGAAAUACCACCCGUUCUUCAACAGUUGACAAGCUUCCUCCUAGUUCUCUCCGUCAUCAUGGAUCCCCAGACUGUGGUAUCCCUGUCUGUCCUCCUGGGAAUGAUCAGUCCCUGUCUGAUGAGGUCGGCACCACGGCUCUCCUUUCCCCUGGGUUCUCCAGGAAGGGUCGUCACCGGCUUCUACACCCCAGACGUCAGCAACACCACCACACUGUUACUAAGCGACGACGCCGCUACACUGUUUGUGGGUGCGCGGGAUGCCGUGCUGUCAUUGGAUGUGAGCCAGAAGGACGGCAUUGUGAUGCGGGGACAGCUGGACUGGGCUCCCUCAGAAAAGGACCUGGGGGACUGCUCCAUGAAGGGGAAGGACGAGGCAGACUGUCCUAACUUCAUCCGGGUGCUCCAGUUCCUUAACUCCACCCAUAUCUACGCCUGUGGAACCUAUGCCUUCAGCCCUCGCUGCACCUACAUAAACACGGAGAGCUUCUCCCUAGUGACGGGACCCGGGGGCAAGCCUGAGGAGGGCAGAGGUCGUUGCCCCUACGACCCCUACCAGCGUAACACAGCCAUCACCGUGGAUGGAGAGCUGUACACCGGGACGGUGGCUGAUUACAAAGGGAACCAGCCUGUCAUCUCUCGCCACCUCAGUGAGGGCAGCCAUGUUGACCUGAAGCUGGACGACACCUUAGGGUGGCUGGAGGAUCCUACUUUCAUCAGCUCCAGCUUUAUCCCCACUGAAGACAAAAUCUACUUCUUCUUCAGUGAAGAAGGGAGGGAAUACGACUUUAUUGAAAAGUUCACUGUGUCUCGAAUUGCCCAAGUCUGCACAACGGACGUGGGAGGGCAGCGUACGCUGCAGCGGCGCUGGACCACCUUCGCCAAGGCCCAGCUGCUGUGCCAGGCUGCCGGCCAGCUGCCCUACAGCGUCCUGCAGGACAUGUUCACCCUCCUGCCACCAGAGGGGGGCCACGCGGACGACACGCUCUUCUACGGCAGCUUCAGCUCUCAGUGGUCUGCUACUUCUGGACGUUCCGCAGUGUGUGCAUUCCGCCUGGGCGACGUCAAGGCUGUUUUCGCCGGGAACUACAAGGUCCUGAACCGGGACACGCUACGAUGGAGCACUCGGGUGCAGGAGAAGGUUGCUAACCCAGGAGAGUGUGGCCUCCACAACGCUUCAGACAACACUCUGCGCUUCAUCAAAGACAACUUCCUAGCUGAGGAGAGCGUGCAGAGUGUGGGUCAGAGUGUGACCCUGGAGUCAGACGAGCAGCUCUAUACUCAGCUGGCCGUCCAGAGGGUCCCUUCAGCCACCGGGAGGGACUACACGGUCCUAUUCCUGCUCACAGAAUCUGGGUUCCUCCACAAGGCAGUGCUGCUGGAGAAGGGAGCUCACAUCAUCGAAGAGAUCCAGGUCCUCAAGAGACCUCAGCCUGUGAAGAACCUGCUUCUCUCUCUAUCCAAGGGCGUGGUGAUGGUGGGCUCCUCAGAGGGGGUGGUGAGGGUCCCGGUGGCUAACUGCUCGCUGUCCCAGAGCUGUGCUGACUGUGUCCUGGCCCAGGAUCCCUUCUGUGCCUGGGACCCCGCCAGCGCAGUCUGCACCGACGCCUCCACGCUUCCCGCCAACGCAGGCCAGGAUGUGGAGAGGGGAAAUGUUCAUGAGGCUUGUCAAGAACUGCCUGUGACUCGCAGGUCAAGACUCGGACACAAACUGCCCACAGGUGAGCUGGUGUCCGUGUCUCUGAAUGAGGUGGUGCGUUUGCAGUGUCCGGAGGCGUCGCUCCACGCCCAGCGCCACUGGGAGCGUCCCAACAGCCACCUGGACCCCCAGAUCUACCUGCAGCUGCAGGACGGGAGCAUCAGCUUCCUGGCCUCGCCCGUCACCCUGGGACACUACCUGUGCCUCUCCACGGAGAAGGGCUUCAAGCAGACCCUGGCCGUGUACCAGGUCAGACAGAAGACUAGCACGACUCCUCAGCCUACCUCCUCCCCUCCUCCACCUCGCUCCCACAAACCAGCGCUGCCCACCCCCGCUGCAACGACAGAACAGGCCACCUCCUCGUCCACGCGACCCCACCCGGGACAGAUCGAGGAGGGGCUGAGGAAGCGAACAGCGACGAUGCUCCCCAGUGAGCCCCACGUCUCCAGCAGGCCCACCAGCAGGACCUUCUCACUCUGGCCGGACCAUGCCGAGCCGCCCGCCGGAGGAGACCAGCUGCUGUUAGCGCGGGGGCAGACCUACCUGAAGGAGCUGGUGGUGGUGUCCGUCCUGCUGGCGCUGUGCGUGAGCCUGCUGCUGACCCUGGGUCUGUACCGGAUGAGGCAGCGCUGCCGCAGGCGCACAGCCCCCCAGGUGGGCGCGGGGGGGAGGGACUCUGAGAGGGGGGCGGCGCACGAGCGAGAGGCUCUCAGGGGAGGCCAGUCCCCGCACGGCCCCGACAAGCAGAACGGCAAGGCCAACGGGACACCCAAGGAUUCCAACGGACAUCUCCCCAACAUCCCCAUGUAGGGACUGGAGGCCUCGUCUCCAGGCUGUGGGAGGCCAGCCUCGCUAUGGGAGGCCAGCCUCGCUGGGGGAGGACUGCAGCCUUCCUACUGGGGCUGAACUGUGGACCUUAAUGGUGUUUAGACCCUACAUCUGCAUCUACAUCUGCAUGACUGUUUGCAGCAGACUUCUUCAGUCAGCAUAUUUUCAGCAGCUUACUUGCCGAACUAUAAUUCAUGUCUGGACUGUAUGGCCUAUGAAACUGUGGUAUUAUAAUAUAUUCUGAUUUCUUCUGGUUUGGUACUAGACCGUGUGAAUAAUCUGACAGGAAGAUAUGAGAAUAAGUCGUAAUGUUUAUGUGCUGUAAAUAAUUUUGAGCGCCGCUGUUUAGAACCCAGACGAGAUGAAGCGAGACGUUUCUCGUGGUUCCUGACACAAACAUGGCUUCAAAACAGACUCAACCACUGAAGGCUGAUGGUGUGUGCUCAGCUGCCCAGGUUCAAGGAGACGAAACAUCAUCAUGUAGCAUUGCACACCAGGAUGUGACACGACUAGGUCUUAAAAUGUACUUGAGAUUACGUCACAAUGCUGGUAUAACUGGACAGAUUUUACUAUCGCUCUUGAACUGUGAUUUUGCCAAACCUGUGUUUCUUAAUACCACUUAUGAAAAACUAUCAAAACGGGUCGUUUACGUUCAUCUCCAACCACUUUUUUUGUGCUUUUUACAAGUUGUCUUUAUUUUUAUACAGUUUUAUGGUACUUCAAAAAUUGUUCCAAAUAAAGUAUUUGUUCAAAGUCAA